UAAUUACAUUUAUGAACGACACUAUAGUAUAACUGUGCUAUUAAGAUAAAGUCGUGUUUUGUGAGGGCCGCUAGUUAGCAAGCUAGCUAACAUGAUCAUUAGCUAAAUGAUCUUACUUCAGCUGUGGGCUAUUGCCAGGUGCUUUGAGCGGAGGCUUUUGAACCGAGCUAGAGAACUGCUGUCACGGCAUGGAUGCGUUUGACGAUGCCAUACUGUCUGUGUUGCAGGCUGCGAAUAUUGACUAUGAAGCUUUGAGAAGCUUUACCCGGGAUGACCUGAAGGAUCUCUUUCCAGGCCAUGAAAAUUUCUUCCGGAGAAAGAAGCUUUGGAAUUUCAUAAUCCAACAGACUGCUGAACAAAAUGCCAACACUUGCCAUCGAAGCGAGAGUAACCCCUUAGGCUUUGUUGUGUCUGAAUGUCAGCCACAAACUUCCAGUCCCAUUUCCUACACUGCUCACAAAACAAUGAAAAUGCCAGACCCACCAGAGUAUGUGUUGUAUACAGAUUCAGAACUGGACAUGGUGCGCAGUCAGUACUUUGCAUUGCUUCACAGUGGAAAGGAAAAGGACUGUAAGAUGUCGAAGGAGCUCUGUUGCAGACUUAUAAGGAACACAGUCACCAGCAUGGUUGCAAUCCUCCGUGCUAGUCCCAUGGGGAAAGAAGUAGGAUACCCCUCCAAACUUGAAAUGAGAGCAAUGUCACAGAAGAUUGUCGACUAUUACCCUAUGUUAUGUGAUGCUGACACACACAUGCCAUAUGUGACCAUCUACACCAAACUGUACAAACGACUCCAAAAUAUGAAGUCUCCAAGGAGGAAACAGGGUUCCAUGCUGCAGCGAGGCAGGCCCAGGAAGAUUAUUUUCAGCUCAGACAACUUAGACAAUGGAACUGAAGGUGACUUAAGUGGCGAAGCAAGUGGUUCAAGUGACUAUACCAUACUUGACCUCAGCAAGGACAACUCAAAUGCAGAGAAGGCAUCAAAAUUCCAUCUACACUCUACUGUACCAACACAGUCAAACAAUAAUACCCUGGCUUCACCACUAUUAUCUAAGUCAGCCUCAUGCUCUGCACCCAGGGCUGCCAUAGGUCCACCAACUCCAGAUGACGAUGUUGGUAAGUCCACCGUCACCCUUAGCUACCUCUCUAUCUGCUGACUGUGUCUCCUCUUACAACUCCUUCCACCAUAUGGCUACAACAAUGAACCCCUUUCUAAAUGUGUAUUCCACAAAUCACAUUGGUGUGGCAUUAACACGUUGGCGUGUCAACAUAUGAUAUAUCCCUCAUACCAUCUUGCCAGUUAGCCAUAGCACACACACAGUGUUGCACACAAUCACCAGAAAAUAGUUUAUAUUUUAAUACCUUGUGUUGUAGUGGGUGUUAUUCAGUACUGAUUAUUUACACAUGUAAAUCCUCAUGCUGGUUACAUCUAUCAUGCUUUAUCACAGUGUUUCUGUCAUAGAUCAAAUUACCUAAAAGAUUUUUUUUAUCCAUGAGCUCAUAAUCACUGUCCACACUAUUGUGAAUGGUAUACACAGUAAACAAACUGUGCCUUGUUUUCACAAUGAUUUUAUUCAUGGGCAUCUUUAACUUUCCUUUUAAUAUUUGAUUCUGUUCGAAGUAACAAUUAACAUAAAUCCAUGAUCAUUAUAGGACAAGGACAUAAAGGGAAAUGAUCAGGACAUAUAGGACCAUGACAGCCUGAAGAUGCAGCCAAGACAUUACAAAACCUUGAGCAACAUGUACAGGAAACCAAAUGCAAAACCCAACCAAAGUGACGUUGCUCAAAUUUUGGACCUGGAGUUUGAGGCCAGACAAGCUUUUAUUGAUGCAGAUGUUACAAGGGAAGAAGACAGGCCCACAAAAAUAUUUGAAGCAUACCUGUGCUUCAAAGAUAUUCGAAAUGUAAGCCUAGCUACCUUCAAUUAAAUUCCUUGCUUUUCUCUGGAUAGGGUUCUUGACUAACUGAGCACAACUUUUUCAUAGGCAAUGGAUGAACUGUGUCGCAUCGUUGGUGGUUCCAACUGCAAAUGCAUAGAUCAAAUGAAGGGUAGAUGGACAGAGUUUUGUUCGAAAGUGCAGUUCUAUGGCAUUUGGAAGAAGGUCCUGAAACCUCCUCUCCCCUUGGAUGUACGUGGAGUGGAGUUUACUGUCACUCUCUUCAAUGCACUUCCAUCUCUUUUUCCUUCACCAACUACACCACCAAAGCGGCUGGGAAGUGCCAGUGAGGCUCUCCUUCAUAUCCUCCAGCCGGGUGAAGAUGCUAUGCUAUACCUGGAGAAGCGGCCUCUCUCCUCCCCAGUGCUGCUUUUUGAUGGGACAACCAGCAUUGUUGCUGUAGGAAACAUACCAGUGACCACUCUGCCCUUGGAGGAUUUCUGGGAAGGAAUGUUGGUGUUGAUGGCAUAUUACUACACCUUGCACUUAACAUACCCGAAAUGUGUUGCAACGGUCCUCUCUGUCGUACAAACUGAGGUAAUCACUGAUGCCAUCCAUGAUCAAGAUGCCACUUGUGCAUAUAAGAAAGCAAUAGCUAAGUGGAAGUCAUUCUUUGAAAAAUAGGUGAAUACCAAGCAGAAUUUUAUCAGGUCAUUUGCAGUUUGUUUAGCUUUGUAGUGCGUUUGUACAACUUUGUUCCUAAUUUGCCUAGCAAUGUCCUGAGAAACUGCUUUACUUAUGCCUUACAAAUGAAAGUUGUUGUUUUUUUUUCUCUUAAUGACACUCUGAGGCAUAUAAAGUUUUAAAUUAGUAAUGCCGUUAUUUACAACAUUGUGAGAUUAUGUGACUGUCACAAAAGUUUAGGGCCAAAAAUGUAAUUUCUUUUCUCUGUUUAGGCCUUCUAAAGGGUUGAUUUAGAUUUUAGAGAUUGUGCAGCAGCCCUAUAUUGUUUACAAAAAGGGUUUUGUUCUCAUGAGAGGAAUAAAUGUUGACAUAUA